CUACUGCGCCGCAACAAUGACUCCUCCCUCCAUCUAGCCUGCAUCUGCUCCGCUGCCCCCCCCGAAAGUUACCACAAUAACGUUCAAAAGUUCCAUGAAAUGAACCGGUGUUGACCGCCCCAAUCAACGGCCAUUGAUACUACCAUUGCACUCUUGUUGGGAUAUUAGUGAAAGAGCAUGGAUGGCUACCGGAUACUUGCCAGGCUAGACUCACCGUCGGAACGCUAAGCCAGGACAUCGACGACCUAGACAUUUCAUGCUCCAUCCCACCCAUCAAUAUGCAUCAACAUCCUCGUCCACCACCAGUCACUGCGUCUCCCGCAAACUCCGAACAGACAAACCCUACCCGCACGAAUAACCCUAGAGAUCGGGACUCCCAUGCUUCAAGGACAGACUCGCCCUUUACCCAGGGCUCCGGUUCCUCGGAAGACUUCGCUGCUGCUCGUCAAGAUCAACCGGCGGACAAUACCGCUGGCCAGAUGCAGAGGCUAAAUCAGGUCAUCCAGAACUACCACUCCAAGGCAGCCUUGAUCAUAUUGCAGUCGAGAAUCGAGUUGGCACCAGCGUACUCUCAAAAGACAGACACGAAGAGGGUGAAUCGGUGGUUCAACCUGGACAUAGAUGAGACGGACGAGUACAAGCAUGAUAUAAAGAGGUGGAAAACGUGCGAUGUCGAAUACAAUCGUCCUCCUCCACUGAUGAUCGAGAUCUUCCUCACGACCGAACCUCUACAGCAAGGUCAAAGACUGGUCAUCAUCGAUGACGACGGCAAGAGAUGGGAUGUCUUGAAUACUUUGUCUUCGGCUUACAGUACUUCUCGUACCGGUCAACGACGGACUUCGGAUUCUAAUGAGGUCCUACUGGAAAGGUGGACGAUAGAGCUUGGUGAUGCUAGGACUCCAAUUCCCUCGGAUCUGGCCACCCUUCUGCCGCUGGUCUACAAGAAGAGUAUCGUAUCCUUCAGGGCUCUCUAUACGUACAGCAAUUUCCUACCGGCUUGGAAGUUGUCGAGAAAAGUGGGCAAAGGUCGCUCUCACAUGGCAAUGAGGCUGGGUUAUCGUUUGGUUGACGGAACGCGAUUGAGUGGUAUAUCUCGGUCAGACAAUCUCAGCCUCAGGCUGUUUGAUAGUCACGCGGAUGUCCUGUCCACCUACGAUUUCGGCCUGACGGACUCACCCGCGGGACCAUUUUCGGUCAAAGUUGAAUAUCGACAAAACUGCGAUUUCCGAAUAGAUGACUCCGAGGAGCUGUUAAGCUCGAGAUUUCUAGGCGCUGAUGACGAGCUAUUCCGGCCUUCCUUGCCGACUGACAAAGGCUCUCGAGCGGAGAUCGGGUCUCUUCCCAAUGACCGGCGACAGAAUUUGCUCGAAAGACCAGAGUUGGGGCUUGCAUACGGCAGCUUGUCAACGUUUCACCAGGCAGGAGUUGGUACGGGGACGAGUCCAAUUUCAGCUCUUCGCAAUGCUCAAGACUUCAAUGCCAGCUCUCCGCCGACACCGGAACAGACCAGAUCCUCGAUGCAUCCCCCUACAGCAUCUCAACCCACCCGCAACUCCCUCCGCGCUGUCGCAGCUAACCGACGAAGCUCUUUCUCUGUGCAGCCGUUCAAGACCCCUACAUUAUCAGCCUCUCCUCUCGGUUCUUCUCCUUUAGCAGCCUCUCCACGAACACAUACCGCACGAGCGCCUACGCUUGGAUCGCUUACCGAAGAAGGAAUUGCACCUCCGUCUGCCACUUAUAUGGCAUCGCGAAGGACCGGAUCACUCACAUCCGACAUUGCUGUUGCUUCAACCGCAUCGAGCUUGCCCAAGCCUGCUCCGACCAGGUACAGCAGCAGUUUCAGUCAUAGACGAGCUCGACUGUCAUCAGGAGGCACCACUACCAAGACAGAUGAUGAUCAGACCAGCAGCGGCAGGGCAAGUGCUACUUCUUCAGUCCAGCCAGGUUCUGGGCUGAUGACAGAGGCAGCAAUUGGUGGUGGAAGUUCGGGCUCGGUCGCAGAAGAUGAUGGGGAGAAUAUCUCGGGUUUCCUCAAGAUGUUGGAAGUACAAAAAGACCUUUUAUUACCUGCAUCUUCGGCUGCUGCUGAAGCCAACACCAAGAGAACCGCAGCAGCAUUACAUCGUUUUCACCGAAUGCGAGACUCGAAUGCUGCCUUGUCUGACUCCAUGUCAUCGUCACUAAUGUUACAGCGAUCGUCGGCCUCUUCUAGUCGGCAAUUGUCGGGCGUUCCUCCCAUGGUCGCUGGAACGUCCAUGUCGACUUCGUCAUCUCCUGGGAAACCUAUUUCACCUCAUACACCACAUACCCCGUUCGCUCCAUCUCGACUGAGCGCUGCCUACAGUCAUGAUGAUACCGAACAAGCUCACCAUCUCAGUGGCCAAGCACCUCGAUCUCCAUCAGAGGCGCCCACGGAGGAGACCGCGCAAGCUCAGUCGACGGCUAACGUUCCGGCAAUAGAUAUCCCUAACUCUCCCAGACUCUUCUUACCGGGCUAUCAACGAUCUAGUUCAGCUCAGCGGAGACCUCUGAGUUCAGACGAGGACAUUGGUGAUUUGUACGGCAUGCGAAGCCAUAGUAUGGGGGCCGAUCGCAGAGGUCACCGACGUGAGGCAGCGAGGCAAGAUGAUGUCGAUGAGCCCACGAGUGCUCAGACUAGGCAGGGGACGAACUCGCCCAGAGCGAACGAUCCUAUCCGUGCCGGCUCUCAAGUGCAUCGCCAUUCUGGCCUGGCGACAAUGACCACAGACGGUGGAGGCUCCGAAUCCACUUCAGACCGCACUUCACCCAAUGUCUAUCGCAACAAACCGACCAGAGGAGGUCUUGGUAGAGGCGUUACUCCUACGCAGGGAUCUAGCUCGAGCUUCGGCGGGACUGGAGCCAGCGUGGAGCAAGUGGACAGUAGUACCAGCGGGUCAUGGGGAAGAGGUGGCCGACGAAGCGUAAGUCGACCUGAAAACCGGUUUCAAGACGAGGACGAGUUCCUGCCCUUUGCCAUGGAAAAGAGCGACUUUCACACUGCUGGAAGUGGGAAGCCUGAUCAAGCCGGUUCUGGUUCUGGUGCUGGUGCCGGUGCUGGUAUCAGUGGUGGUGGUUAGGGAAUGAUCUGUACUUCCAAUGGGGCGUGGACGAGAUAUGACGACUGUCGCUUUUAGCAUACUUGGAGUGCUGUGAGCGGGAUUCCGGCGCAACAUGCUGGGCUUAUUAUAAAUGAACUAUACGGGGAAGCGGGCUCAUGAUUUUGAGGCACG